AUGCAGUCCGCAGACAGCGACCACUUCUUCCAAACCGAUGCAUCGCAAGCACAAAAGGAGAGAAAGGCGGCCAAGGCCAGCAACAAGCAUGGCAACCCCCUCAAGAUGAAGUCCAAGAUCCUCGCCGCAAUCCCUGACCCGGCAUCCUCCUGCACCUCCAUCUUCAUCGCGGAAUCUGCCGGCUAUGUGCGGCGCGUGCAUCUUAACUCGGCUGUGCCCAAGGCCACCUACCGAGGCCCCAAGGUUCCCGUCACCUGCCUCGCCGUAGGUGGCAGCGGAGACGGGACCAUCUUUGCAGGCUCGUGGGACAGGGACGUAUGGUCUUGGGACAUUGAGUCGACCCAGCCUCGGCGCAGGUACAGCGGGCACUCCGACUUUGUCAAGACGGUUGUGUGCGCCCGCCUCGCCGGCCGCGAGAUGCUCCUGAGCGGCGGCGCAGACAAGAAGAUUAUCGUUUGGGACGUCGAGACCGGUCGCCGCGUACACAUCGUGCAGGAUCCCACGACCACCAUGCUCGCCGUUCAACACCUCGCCAUCGACCCGGUCCUGAGCACCCAAGACGCCCUCGUCUUCGCCAGCGCGAGCAGCGACCCCAGCAUCCGGCGGUGGGAGGUUACCCUGGGCGGAUAUGCGCAGCUACCCGAGUCGUUUCACGACCUCCCGGGCGCCGAGCGACUCACCAUCCAGGAACACGACACGAGCGUCUACAAGCUCGUAUUCGACGCCGACGACGACGAGGCCAACCUGUGGACCGCCAGCGCCGACGGCACCGCAAAGAGUCUGGCACGGUCUCGCAGCUUCGUGGCCGACGACGUCUUUGCGCACGGUGACUACGUCCGCGCCGUGCUCGUGUCGGAGCACUGGGUCGUGACGGCCGGGCGCGACGAAAACGUCAAGGUCUGGGACAGGGCGACGGGCAAGCUCUACUGCACGCUUGAGGGCCACUUCGAAGAGGUGACGGAUCUCGUCAUGCUGCGCAACGCCCAGGGGUCACCGGAGACGGUCUGCAGCGUCAGCAUCGAUGGUACGAUCCGCACGUGGCCGCUCGACAAGGCUGCGCUGGACAGGGUCGUGGGCGAGAUGCAGGCAUCUCGCGAGGCCGGCCAUGCCGAGACGGCGGCGGCGGACAGCGAGAACAUGCUGACGGCUGAAGAGGAGGCGGAGCUGGCAGAACUCAUGGAAGACUAG